UAAAUCCAUAGUCUCCAUAGCUUGAUACUAUGGCUUUUGAAAAUGGUAACACCGAAUUUUAAACGUCACGUUCGACAGUUUCCUUUUCCUUGUGGCAUGGUGUCGGACUAAGUUGCCGAAUAAGCAACCACAAUGCCGCAGAACGAAUAUAUCGAACGUCACCAAAAGCUUUAUGGUCGAAGGCUCGACUAUGAAGAGCGGAAGCGCAAACGAGAGGCUCGUGAGCCCCACAAACGUGCCGAGAAGGCGCGCAAACUCCGCGGUAUCAAGGCCAAACUCUUCAACAAAGAGCGGCGCAAUGAAAAGAUUCAAAUGAAAAAGAAAAUCAAAGCACAUGAAGAGAGAAAUGUCAAGGAAAACACAGAAAAGGUCGCCGAAGGUGCGUUACCUGUGUACCUCCUCGACAGAGAUGUACAAUCACGAGCCAAAGUGCUAUCAAACAUGAUCAAACAGAAGCGUAAAGAAAAAGCUGGCAAAUGGGAUGUUCCGAUACCGAAGGUCAGAGCACAAGCUGACGCAGAGGUGUUCAAAGUACUAAAAUCUGGCAAAUCAAAAAGGAAAGCCUGGAAACGAAUGGUUACCAAAGUGACUUUUGUUGGUGAGAACUUCACACGAAAGCCGCCUAAAUUUGAGAGGUUUAUUAGGCCGAUGGCAUUGAGGUUUAAGAAAGCGCAUGUAACACAUCCAGAACUGAAGGCAACAUUUUGUUUACCGAUUAUCGGGGUGAAGAAGAAUCCAAGUUCACAGAUGUACACAAGCCUUGGUGUGAUUACAAAGGGCACAGUGAUUGAGGUCAACAUCUCAGAGUUGGGGCUGGUGACGCAGGCUGGCAAAGUGGUGUGGGGAAAGUACGCACAGGUCACCAACAAUCCUGAGAAUGAUGGUUGCAUUAACGCUGUACUCUUAGUUUAAGGCGGACUUGAAAUAAAUUAUUAAAAUUGA